GAUUCUGAAUUCUGUCCUUGUGCAUUUCUUUAGAUGUUUUGAUGAAAUUUGAAACCUGCAAAUUGAAUUUUGUUUCUGCUUUCUCUUUCAAUUAUUUCCGCUUCCUCUCAUCCGUUUCUGCCUAAUUUAUGGCUGAAAUGGGUAGGAAAUCUCUGAACCUAGGAUUUUCGAAGUGCUCGAAUUGUUAUUUUUGGUGUUCUGCUUGCGGGGGAAGAUGGAUCUAUAUAAUCGGGGUUUAUGGCUGGUCUAACGUGCAUAACACUUGUAACCCUUUUACUGAUUAUUAUCCGUGAUUCUUCUAGUUUAGCAAACGCUUAGAAUUUAUCCCGACCCAUGAUCAAUAUUUUUCUUUUACAUAAUACCCGUGAUCAUUGCUCUGUUCUUCUUCCCCUCUUUUUUUUUUUCUAUGAACUUCCUGAGUUGACAGUUACCAUAUUUGUCGCGUACCAUUGUUUAUGCUUACUCGAGGUAGACAACUAAUUUGCAAGAAGUAAUUGGUUUGAUUGGCAAUGCCAAUAGGGUGGGCCGCUGUUGUUGAUUUAGUCUUGUAAAGAAGCGGUCUGCAGUUGCUAGGUUACAUAAUGCGGAAUUUCAGUGAAUGUUCCAGUUCCAUGUCAACAAACACUUGCGAGAGUGUCGAGGAUGAUAGGAUGAUUGCUCUUGUACUAACAGAAGAAUACGCAAAAUUAGAUGGUGCCAUAGGAAGACGCCUCUCUAACUUGGCACAUGUGCCUCAUGUUCCACGGAUAAAUUCUUAUAUCCCAAAUUUAAAUGAUGCCGGUCUGGAUCAUCAAAGGCUGCUGCAAAGGCUAAAUGUUUAUGGCUUAUAUGAAGUGAAGGUCUCUGGGGAUGGAAAUUGUCAGUUCCGUGCGCUUUCAGACCAGUUGUACAAGUCACCUGAACAUCACAAGUUUGUUCGCAAGGAGAUUGCAAAGCAGCUUAAAGACUACCGUUCUUUGUAUGAAGGCUAUGUUCCCAUGAAGUAUAAAAGCUAUUGCAAGAAAAUGGCCAGAUCUGGGGAAUGGGGAGACCAUGUCACCUUACAAGCAGCAGCUGACAAGUUUGCAGCGAAGAUAUGUCUUCUAACUUCAUUCAUAAAUACAUGCUUUAUUGAAAUUUUGCCACUACAUCAGACUCCUCAGCGAGAGCUUUGGUUAAGUUUUUGGUCUGAGGUACAUUACAAUUCACUAUAUGAAAUCCGAGAUGUUCCAAUUGAUAACAAGCCCAAGAGGAAACACUGGUUAUUCUAAGGAUGGGGUGGUUUGUAGCUUUAUGGCAUUCAAGAGAUUGUCAAGACCUGUCAUUGUGCAUAAUUAUAGUCCUAAUUAUGGCAUUCGGGAUCUUUUGUUGUCCAUAUAUACCUAACCUGACCUAUGUAUAAAGCUAUACUAUCAAUAUUAAGUGCAUUUAUAUCAUUAA